AUGUUAGACCUUAACCUAAGUAUUUACCAGACCGAUUUGAUGUCGUCGGAAUAUAUGGAGGAGGAUGGCGGCAGGAAUAAGCAGAUCCUUGAGCUAUCUGUUGGCACUUCAAAUUCUUCCGUCGUGAGUAACACCGGCGACGAGGAGCUCUCACACUCACACUCGCACUCGCACUCCUGCUCGAAUCUCACGUAUGGUUUUGAGAUACUGAAACAGAAUAAUCUAGAAGAAUUUCAGGAGCAUAGGUCAGAUCAUAUGGUGGUUACAAAGCAGCUCUUUCCGGCGAUUGGUGGUGGUGGCGGUGGCGGUGGCUUCAUUCAGCAGCAUUGGUUGGAUAAUGGCGAUGACGAUAGAGUAUUCAUGUUGAGGCAACAACAACAACAGCUGCAGCAUCAGCAGCAUAUACAACAGGUGAAGAAAAGUAGGAGAGGACCGAGGUCUCGAAGUUCUCAGUAUCGUGGUGUUACGUUUUAUCGAAGAACAGGAAGAUGGGAAUCACAUAUUUGGGAUUGUGGGAAACAAGUUUAUCUCGGUGGAUUUGAUACUGCACAUGCUGCUGCUAGGGCAUAUGAUCGGGCUGCUAUAAAAUUUCGCGGUGUUGAUGCUGACAUUAAUUUCAAUAUAAGCGAUUACGAGGACGACUUGAAUCAGAUAAAAAACCUGACCAAGGAAGAGUUUGUGCAUAUACUUCGUCGUCAAAGCACUGGAUUCUCAAGAGGAAGCUCAAAGUAUAGAGGUGUUACCCUACACAAAUGUGGUCGUUGGGAAGCUCGAAUGGGCCAAUUUCUUGGGAAAAAAUAUAUCUAUCUUGGAUUGUUCGAUAGUGAAAUCGAAGCUGCAAGGGCUUAUGACAAGGCUGCAAUAAAAUGCAACGGGAGAGAAGCGAUCACCAACUUUGAGCCUAGCUCAUAUGAAGGUGAGCUUAGUCUUGAGACAGACAAUGGAGAUAAAACUGAUUACGUGGAUUUGAACCUGGGUAUCGCUCCUCCGUCUUUAACAGAAGGCGUUAAAGUCAACGACACCUUCCGCAGCAUGCACGAGAUCAACUAUAUUUUAGGUGACAUGUCUUCACACGCCGCAAUAACUACGGGAACAACAAUUGAUAAUUAUCCUCUAAGCCACGGAAUGGGAGAAAGAUUGACAGAGUUCUUGGCUCCGUUGGCAGCAAGGCAAGUGAAGGCUCAUUGCGGCGGAGCUACACCACCAGCUUCAUUCCUGCCGGCUGCAGCAUCAUCAGGAUUCGGUAAUUCACCAUCACCGGCUGCUCCUGCUCCUGCACCACCCAUUCCUCACUGUCCCUACAAUGUCAACAACAUUCCAUUGUACUACUGUAGAGGUUGA